AUGCCGGGCUGCUGGCAUGUUGAGCGUAUAGGCAACGCGCGUGUGUUCUUUCGGGGUCGCCUCUGCUUGGGGCCAGACUAUGCCCUCAUGCUGGCAACGGCGCUGAUGAUUGCCGUACCUUCUCUCUUUUUUAUCAACUACGCGAUUGGGCUGGGCGCACGCGUCGCCUGCGGGUGCUUUGCCGUGGUGUCGCUCGGGCUCAUGUUUCGCAGCGCCACGAUGGAUCCGGGCAUCUGCCCGAAGGCCCCACCGCCGCUGGAGGGCGCUCCGCCCCUCGAGCCCCCUGUGGAGGAUGUCUCGUACAUCGAUGAAAACGGCCAGGGGCAGCGGGCCCUGGUGGAGCGCAAGUGGUGCUACUGCUGCAACAACUAUAGGCCGUUGCGCGCCAUUCACUGCCGCUUCUGCGACGUUUGCAUCGCCCGCCGCGAUCACCACUGUCCGUGGGUCGGGACCUGCGUCGGCGAGCGCAACUACAGGUUCUACUUCCUCUUCCUGUGGUCGUCGCUGGGUUUGGCUCUCACGGUGCUGGUUGGCGGGAUACGGAGCCUCGUGCUGCGGACGACGCUGCUGUCGCGGGACGCGGCGCACGCAAACCGGGGCGCGUUUCUCGCAGCCCUGGAGGAUACGCACUUUGUGGAGCCGCUGCUCUUGCUGGUGGCGGCCGCCACCUGCUUCCUCGUCGCCCCCUUGGCCGCCUUCCACCUGAUGCUGGUCACGCGAAACAUGACAACCGUGGAGGAGCUGCGCGGGGAGGCGGGGCAUGUCCACUACUACGACCGCGGCCACUGCCUAGAGAACGUGAGGGCGUCCCUCUGCGCCCCGGUCCCGCCCUCGAGCCUCCUCCACCCGCCGCAGCGCUGCUCUUCGGCGCUGGAGAUUGCCGUGGAGACAUCGGAGGCGUGA